AUGAAUCUCUUCUUUGUCGGGCUUAGAUAUGAGAAAGACAUGCUGGCAUUCACCGGAUGCAGCCACAACUUGACUUCGUCCGAGGCCAACGAGCUUCGUACAAUGAGAUACAACGUAAGACAUUGGAAAGAAAAAGACAUCAAAAGCAGAGAAAAGCGAGCUCAGGGCCAUUGCCCAAUGACCCCACGAGAGGCCGCGCUUUUCUUGAAAGCAAUGGGCUACCCGAGCUCGGCCCGUAUCUACAUUGUAGCGGGCCGGAUAUAUGGGGCCCAUAGCAUGGACGCGUUUCGAGCCGAGUACCCUAACGUGUUCACCCACUCGACUCUGGCGAGGCCCGGUGAGCUUGAAGGUAUCGGGCUUUUUCAGAACCGGUUAGCGGCAUUGGAUUAUAUUGUUGCUUUGGAGAGUGACGUGUUUGUUUACACGUAUGAUGGGAAUAUGGCGAAAGCCGUGCAGGGGCAUCGAAUGUUCGAAGGGUUUAGACGGACCAUAAAUCCCGACAGGUUGAAUUUUGUUAGGCUCCUGGAUUUGUUGGACAAUGGUUCGAUAACUCGGGAAGAGUUUGGCGAAGAGGUUAGGAAACUGCACAAGGACCGAAUCGGAGCGCCUUACUUGAGGAAAUUAGGAGAUUUGCCACGGCUCGAGGAGAGCUUUUACGCGAACCCGUAUCCCGGUUGUAUUUGCGACUGA